CCGUGCAACCACUUCCUGACUCUCUGUGCAUCUGAGGCAUUGUUGUUUUGGGGUUUUUUCCAGAUGCCACAGGUGUUUCUGGGUAGCACCUGCGAUCCGCCUGGAGGGAUCUCACACAGCUUUGCACCAGCAGCUUGGAGGCAGGGCGUUGGCCCCCCGGAGGAGGCAUGCAGCGAGAUAAUUACCAUCCCUACACUGCUGCUCCGGUUCCAGAGGAACGGUCUCGCUUGGAGAUGGUCCAUGCAGCAGUUGCAGGAAGCAACUCAAUAGAACUAUGAGGGACUACGAUGAGAGCGUGGCUUUCCUGGGCCAGUGGGGACGCUUCCAGCAGGUGAUCUUCUUCCUGCUGUGUGCCACCAUCGUGCCCAACGGAUUCGGAGCUUUCACCCUGGUUUUCCUGACUGACGUGCAGAGCCACCACUGCGCCGUUCCUGACGUCAACCUCACCGAGGACUGGGUCAAAGCAGUCAUACCGAGACAGGCAGUGAACGGGGAGCAGCGGCUGAGCCGGUGCAGCCGGUUCCGGCUGGACGUGGUCAGAAACCUCUCGGCUCUGGGACUGGUUCCCGGGAGGGACGUCAACCUCAGCGACCUGCAGCAGGAGGCGUGCGUGGACGGGUGGAGCUACAGCAGAGACGUCUACGACGCCACCAUUGUCUCCGAGUUCGACCUGGUGUGCGCCGAGCAGUGGAAGCUGACCUUCGUCUCCACAGUCUUCUUCGUCGGAGUCCUCCUCGGAUCCUUCUUCUCGGGACAGCUCUCAGACAGAUUUGGAAGAAAACCUGUUCUUUUUGCAACCAUGGCGGUCCAGAUCAGUUUCACCUUUUUCCAAGUCUUCUCCACCUCAUGGAUUGUGUUCACCGUCCUCCUCUUCAUCAACGGUCUGGGACAAAUAUCCAACUUUGUUGCUGCUUUAGUUCUGGGCACGGAGAUCUUAACUGGACAUGUCCGCGUCCUGUACUCGUCCAUGGGCACGUGUCUGUCCUUCACUGUGGGCUACAUGCUGCUGCCGCUCUUCGCCUUCUUCUUAAGGGACUGGAAGUCUCUCCUGUUGGCUCUGUCUCUGCCGGGCCUGGCCUUUCUGCCCCUCUGGUGGCUCAUCCCGGAGUCUCCUCGGUGGUUACUCUCCAGGGAACGAGUGGAGGAGGCCGAGACCAUCCUGAGGAAGGCCGCCAAGUGGAACAAAGUCCAGCCUCCAGCCGUCAUCUUCCCAGACUACGGCGUGGAUACCAAGACGGACCCUAAAGCCCGCCACAAUGCCCUGGACCUGCUGAGGACCGGCAGCAUCCGGGUCACCACCCUCAUCCUCUGCCUGGUGUCGUUCGCCGUGUGCACCGGGUACUACGGCCUCUCCUUCAACACCUCCCAGCUGCACGCCGACCCCUACGUCAGCUGCUUCAUCUCGGCGGCCGUGGAGGUGCCGGCGUACGUCUCCGGCUGGCUGGCGCUGCGCUUCCUCCGGCGCCGGCGCUCCAUCUGCUUCAUGCUGCUGCUGGAGGCGUCGGCGCUGUUCCUCAUCCAACUGGUGCCUCAGGGUCUUCCUCAUCUGUCCAUCGGCCUGGAGAUGCUGGGUAAAUACGCCGUGACGGUCACCUUCUCCAUGAUGUUCGCCUACAUGGCGGAGCUGUACCCCACGCUGCUCAGGAACACGGCCGUGGGGAUGUGCUCCACCGUGGGCCGGCUGGGGAACUGCAUCGCGCCCUUCUUGAUCACGCUCAACGUCUACCUGCUGCACCUCCCUUACAUCGUCAUCGGGACUCUGGCGUUCGUGGCGGCCACUUCGGUUCUCUUCCUUCCCGAGAGUUUUGGAAAACCUCUGCCUGAAACCAUUCACCAGAUGCAGAGGAGGGAAAGGAUGCAGUGUCCACGCCGCCCGGGGAGAGAGGCCAGGAGACCUGCGGAGCUGCAGGACGGCCCGCUGUGACCAUCAGCCCUUUACUGGUGUAGAUCAUCAGUGUUUUACAUCGCUGUCGACUUCAAGUUUUUUGGUUGAGUGAAAAACAUUUUCUUAUUAAACGCAUAUGAAAACAUCGGUUUGUGAAUUUAAAUAUCAGAACUACAAUGUGACCAGUGACAGGAUUUGUCUCGUUUUGACAUCUUUUGACGUCCUAAGUAACAAAGAUGCUGAUUUCACAUCUCAGUAAAAUGUUUUUAGCACCAACAUUAAUUUAUAGAAACACAUUAAUAAAUCAGGAGCAACGGUUUCUAUAAUCAUGACAUCCGCGGCUCGGGGAAAGGUCAACGACCUUUUGCAUCAUCCCGUUAAACAAUUCAUUGACUUCAGAAUGGUUAACUUACAACUACA